UUAGCUUUCAGUUUUAAUGAUUUGAAACAAAUAUGCAUGUGCGUAAAUUUUUGUGUUGCAUUCCCCUGAAAUACGGCGUGAUUAUAGUGGGCGCCAUAAGUGGAUUGAUAGACUUCAUCCUGGGCAGCAUCGGUUGGGAUAUGGUUAUCUCCAACAAAUUUCCAGAUUAUGUGGUUGAGUUCUUUCGAACCAUGAACACCCGGACAUGUGUGGCCGGAUUUUCUGCCCUCAUCUGGGUGUUAAUGAUCGAUCAUUUACUUCUGAUCUAUGGCGUUAUCUACAGAAAUCUCCUGCUUAUUGGCACCUGGCUGUUGAUAAACUAUAUAGUAUUUUUGUUCACUCUCGUCACCGUGUUGUUGGAUGGCUGGGCGAUCGUCCGAAUUAUUGGUAUUGGCUAUUGCCUAAUCGUGGUGAAAUCCUACUAUACUGAAUUGAACGUGUCUACUCCAGAUUCCAGCCGAGGAGCAAGUGAAAGUAGUGAGGAAUCGACUGCAUAAAUAAAUAUUAAUAAUAUAGCAGUCGAAUAUUAUAAUAAAUAUUAAUAGAAGUAUAAAUUAAA